UUUUUCGACCCAUAUUUAUACAGAGGACCACUAGGAACAAGUGUUACUUAGGAAGAAUUCCUUCUGCUGUCUGCGAAACGCAAAGACUCUCUGUUGCCUGCGAAACGAAAAACAAUAUUCUACUUGCGCGUCGUCAUCGUGUUUCGAAACCAUAUUUUGAUUUUACGCCGUCACAUACUGCUAUCGGCUUAAUCGGUUUUUUACGAACAACAAAUUCUUUUUAUAAUUUGUUUCUUAUCUAUCAAAUAAAGACAUGCCGAUCAUGAUGUUGCACCGUAAAAGAACUCCUGGUCGACCCGGUCGACAGCUCGUCGCGGCCAGCCUUCGUUCGUCUCUCCGCCCAACAUGGUCGUCUCUGCUGCCUUGUUGUUUAAGAUCGAUUUGCUCUGCGGCUCCAGUUCUCAUAGUGUUCAGCUUGUUGUUCUUGGCUUUGCCAAACUCGUCGCUUGUAGGCCACGCAGCGGCGAAACCGGUGAAGAAUCACCGUGGUCUAUCCUGAGUAAAAACGUACCCACACCAGAGUUGUAAUGCAAAUCUGCAUGCUGAAAAUGUUUCUCAUGCGGAGCCCCAUGAGAAGCAUUUUCUAGUCGUGUUUUGCAAUUUGUCAUGCUCCAAUCAGCAUCGUAUGCUAGAUCUGUGAUGCUGCUGAGCUAGCUCAAACAGCAACACACUACGAGUCCAAAUUUGUCAUGCAAAACAGCCAAAACUUGUGGAUUUGUCUAGCCGAUUCCCCAUCUUGACUAUGGUGUGGGUACGUUUUUACUCAGGAUAUGGUCCUCGGGGGGCCCGCGAUUUUUUCCAACGAGGAGUUUCUUCAGCCAGCACCUCCGCGCACGUCGAACCGGAUUUCUCGUCUUUUCUGCCUAGAAACAAACAAGUGGUAACGAGGUAUCAGAACAUCCCCCGCGGGUAUCAUGAAACUAAAAGUGCGCAGGCGAAACAACGAGCUGUAUCUUCGAGGGGGACGACGAGGAAGACGACUGCAGAAGACGUCGUCGCACCAGCGGCUCUUUUUGACAAACCCGAGCAGUGCCUUGCGGUUUACAACACUUUGUACGACCCUGUGCAGCGAGAGAUGGUUUGGAACGCCGCCGACGUCGUGGUGCUUUCCUCCGGAAAUUUGGUACACAAAAACACGAUCAACAAUUGGAUCUCCCAGUUUUGGCAUAAGAACGGAGAAGCGAUUGGAUCUUCGUCCGGAGAGACGGGGACGACAGCACACUCCUCUACAACAAGGACUGCUCAUGACGAGCUUCAAGCCCACUUCGAGUUGGCACACUCUGAGCUGUUUCUCCAAGACCCGAAAACGCACUUUGCGGUUUUGUUUGCAGCAGCUCGUCCUGACGGGGGCGCUAGUUCAACAACUUCAUCUUCAUCCGGCAGUAUAGUGAAAACCAGUUCUUCCGCAGCGUUGAUUGGCAGCUUGAAAAACAAGGUGGAGGACUUGCGGAGUGCUCUCACGAGAAAAAAGAGUCACAGUUACACACUGUGUUGCAAGCCCAGCAUGACAGACAACCUCUGUCAUGCCAGAAAUGCUUUUGAGCCUCGUUUCAUUCGUGUUUUCCUUCAUGAUCUUUGCAUUGCAAGUUUCCUCUCUCAUGCGGAAAAAAUUUGUGUUGCUGAAUUGACAGCAAAUGUGUGACUGUAACACUUUUUUCUUUGGAUAAGUGCAAAGAACCGCUUACUCUCGGGAACUAACCAUAGAGGACACCAUCUUCCGCCGCGACCACACCCCGACGACACGUCCUUCACCUUGCGGAAAGUCGUGAAGCUGGACACACCGGGACAGCGGAAGCUCGCAGCGUCUUCAACAGGAGCCCCUGGUCCGCCCGGUCGGGGAACUAGAAACACGAACAACGCGUCGAUUGCCCCCUUGUCGAAAAAUCUGAACGACGUUGCGACGCUCUCCGAUAUCUACACGAAAACGGCGCCGACGAUCAACAGUGAAGCCAAAAUCCCCGAGUCCGUGUUCUACGGUUUUCAGGAUGAGGAAUUGAAGCAAGAAGCGGAAGAAUGCUUUAAGUGGUUUCUCCUUAACGGAUGCGACGCGGCGCUCAGUGGAAUCGUUUUUGUUGAUAAUCUAUGCAUUGCAAAAGUAUCGUUAUCGUACUCGUAUAAAUGCAUUACAAAUUUCCGCAGCAUGAGAAAUAAAAUUUGCAAUGCGGUUUUGCCUUAAGAGAAAGAUUUGUAUUGCAAGACUUGCAUUUAUACGAAUGCGAUACUUUUGCAUAUGAUAUAAUCUCCCCACGGUUCGUUCCGGAGAACAAGAAGAAAGGAAUUUCUACGACGACAUCCGCGAAGCUGCCGUGAAGGCGGGGCUGCUGAGUCUUCUUCUCCCGGGACGGGCUGCGGAACUGCAGAGGAAAGCCGUGAAGUGUCCGUGGGUACGCAGUGCAAAAAAUGUAUCGCAUCUACGUAGUAAUCGCGAUUGCGCAUGACAAUUUUUUUUUUCGUCCCAUUCUGGGCUAAUUUGAGUUUUUAAAAAUGCGAUUACUAUGUAGCAAGAUAGUACAACUCUUGCAAGAAUUCAUAGUGGGUGGAGCAGGAAUACGAGCAUCAGGCUAAUGUUGGGAACAAGAUGAAUAUCAGCAACACAAAAACAAAAACACCAACUUCUAGUACUUCCCCAUCCCGAGAACUACAAAGAAGCACCUCAGAAACAACUCCAGACCUCUCCGACUACGCCCUGAACCGACUUCAGGCGUCGGAGCUUGGUGCACAAAAAUUGCUCCGGCGGGGCGGGACCUUUCGAGACAUCGUGCAGCUGACGGCGCGGGACGAGGGGCUGGAAGGGGGUCGUGGUACCGGAACUAGGCGAGACCGAGGCUCAACUUCUUCCUCCGGCCUAGAUUCAGCGAAAUGGAAAACGAUUGCGCUAUCCUGUGCAAAAGUAUCGUACUCGUAGUGAUUGCAUUUAUGCAUUACAAAUCCACUUGUCAAGGUAAAUCACCAUUACAAAUUCAAUUUGUAACUCUGGGAGAAUUUGUAAUGCAAUUUAUACUAGUAAGAUACUUUUGCAUUGCAUAUGCGCGCUAUCUCUACGAAACGACAACACACGAUCUGAAUCUUCACCAGAGCAGCGGGGGCACAACUGCAAGCACAACUACUGCGCCAUCUAAUAUGUUCAACAGCGACCUCCAGCAGUACUCUCCAAAACCCCAGCUUUUUUUCACCCCGAUGCAAGAGGUGAUCCGGUUACGACUGCAAGCCCGGUACCACGACUACUUCGACCCCGAAUCGCCGGAACAGUACUUGCGGCGAAUCGUGCGCGCGCGACUCCCCUCCCCCGCGGCGCAUAGCUGGGUGGUUGUGGACGAGCGCCGGCGGGGCAACAACCACGCGGUCGCGCCCGUCGCGUUUUCGUCCCUUAUGGUGGACCAGGAAACCAUGCUUGGGUCAAUUACCGGCUACACUCGGGUAUCCAAGAAAAAAAGUGUGUAAGUGUAACUUUUUUGCAGGAACAGCAUCGCAAAUUUGUUUUGCAUGACAGAGAAAACCUGUCAUGCGUAGCUGGUACGCGAAAACGCGUGUGAAAAUAGCCUCUGAUGCACAUCCUGCAUGACAAGUGUACUUAACUGUAUUGCAACGUCUGCAGCUCAAAGUUACACUUACACAGUUUUUUUCUUGCGAUAUCGGGAUUUUCUCGGCUACUCGAACGUGCUCAACAGGCGGAACCACAAAACGGCGUUUGCCGUUAUGAACUGCAAAAGUAGCGUACUACUUAGUAUAAAUUGCAUCACAAAUUUGCUCAGCAUGAGAAAUGGAAUUUGUAAUGCGGAGUCACUUUGAAAAACAGAUUUGUAAUGCAUGACUGCGAUUACUAGUACGAGUGCGAUAGUACUUUUGCAAUGCAUAGCCGUCCAGCAGCAACAGCUUGUCGUCAACCGCUUCUUCGGGGAGUGGCUGUGCACAGAAGCAUAUCCUGUGCAAAAGUAUCGUACUCGUAUUGCAAUCAUGCAUUACAAAUCUUUUUCUUUAGGUAAAUCCGCAUUACAAUUUUUUUUUCUCAUGCUGAGGUAAUUUGUAAUGCGUUUGUACGAGUGCGAUGCUUUUGCAAUGCAUAAAGCAAGGACGGAAAGUUUUGUCAAACAGAGCAAUAUUCAAGCCUUGGUGGAUCGAGACGAAGUGGAGAGGCGGGAGAAAGAGCGGAAAAGAAAAGUUUCAUAUCAAUUCGAGAAGUACGGCCGAAAAUUGUUGAACGGGGUAGACUGGCUACUGGGGGAUGCGGACAGAGAUGCGUAUUUUUAGUGACGAGGAAGAUGAAAAAAUAACCGCGGGAGUUUCUGUUUAUUACGAUAAGUGUUCUAGAAGUUGAAGUAGUACUUUUGGACCAAUUUUGAUUUUGCUCGACGAUUAUUGACUGCGAGCCCGCGUGAGCAUCUUUCUUGCUCAGGUGGUGUUGUUGCAGAGAAAGAAUCCCACGACCACCUUCGCCGAUGUUGAUCAGAGAUGAAAUAAACAAGAUUAGUCGCCUGCACCUGUUCCGUGGAGCAGCGGCCGCCGCAGCUCUUACUUUCGUGCGGCGGGCAACGAAACACCAGCACUUGUUGUGGCAAAACAACCUACUUAC